UCAAACCGUGUCCGUCGUCGGUCCAUGAGUAGCACGAGAGAACCGUUUCCAGCUGCGGUGAAAGAAAGGCUUGCGGUUAUUAUGUUGCCUCUAUAACGGAUUUCUCUGUUCCGCCGUUAUGUUAACUAGUCUUAUAUAGGAACAUAACCACGGAUAUAAAUAUAUAUAUUAGGGUUUCGGGUAUCUGAAACUGUGGAACUGUUAGAUUGUAUGACCUUGUACUGAAUGUCACAAUAAAAGGACGGUAUAUAAACCCUAUCUGUCGACACGGGGAACUCAGAUACUGGCCUGCAAAGAUGGAGCUCACCACACAUCUGAUAAAUGAUACCAUGAAUUUAUAUAAAUGGGCCCUUACCAUAGCAGACAAACGAGUGGAGAAAUGGCCCCUGAUGGACAACCCCCUCCCAACGCUGGCCAUCAGUUCCUCCUAUCUGUUGUUCCUGUGGCUGGGGCCCAAGUACAUGCAGAACAGAGAACCCUUCCAGCUCCAGAAGACACUGAUCGUCUACAACUUCAGCAUGGUCAUCUUCAACUUCUUCAUUUGCAAAGAGCUCUUCCUGGCGGCUCGGGCGGCCGGAUACAGCUACAUCUGCCAGUCUGUUGACUACUCAGACGACCCCAACGAAGUCCGGAUAGCAGCAGCGUUGUGGUGGUAUUUCAUCUCUAAAGGAGUAGAGUACCUGGACACGGUCUUCUUCAUCCUGAGGAAGAAGUUUAACCAGGUCAGCUUCCUACACGUCUACCACCACUGUACCAUGUUCACCCUCUGGUGGAUCGGCAUCAAGUGGGUGGCUGGCGGACAGUCAUUCUUCGGUGCACACAUGAACGCUGCCAUUCAUGUCCUGAUGUAUCUGUAUUAUGGUCUGGCCUCCUUUGGACCCAAGAUCCAGAAGUACCUGUGGUGGAAGAAGUACCUGACUGUCAUCCAGAUGGUCCAGUUCCAUGUCACCAUCGGCCACACUGCUCUGUCCCUCUACAUGGACUGUGAGUUUCCCCACUGGAUGCACUAUGCCCUUAUCUGCUACGCCCUGACCUUCAUCGCCCUGUUCGGUAACUUCUACUACCAGACGUAUCGCCGCACGCCACGUCAACCCAGGGAGCCCAAGGCCUCCAAGGCUCUGUCUAACGGGGUCUCCAACGGGCUGUCCAAGGGACUGGGGAAUGGAGCGGUGGUGGGAGGGGGCAAGGUGGAGGAAAAGGAGAGAUCAUCAGGGGUGGACAACGGGAACGGAAGGAGGAAGAGGAAGGGGAGGGCCAAGAGGGAUUAGACGGAGGGAGAGGGGGUGUAGGGCUGAAGGAGGCUGGCACUAACAGGCCUUGCUGUUUUGAUCUUAUUAUACCUCCCACAUAGCACCCUAUUCCCUAUGCAGUGCACCACUUGUAGGUGAAGGCGUGGUAAGAGGCAAGGCUGGAGACAAUUCCAUUUCAAUUCAAUCAAUUUAUGAAGAAAACUGACAUUUCAAAAUUCCAAUUUUUCCUCAUUGGGUUUUGAUUGGGGAAAACUUGAAUUUCAGUUGACUUUCUACGUUGACUGAAUUGAAAGGGAAAUAACCCCAAUCCUGGGAAGAGGUCACGACGUGUCCAUGGUGACCGUCAUUACAACUCAUCCAACAUUCAGUAGUUUCUGGUCUGGAAAACAACAACAUCAUGUUCUCUCUCUCUCUCUGUACCGCAGUGUUGAGGUUUGUAGCUAGCGAACCGACUGGUUUGUAGCUAGCGAACCGACUGGUUUGUAGCUAGCGAACCGACUGGUUUUGUAGCUAGCGAACCGACUGGUUUUGUAGCUAGCGAACCGACUGGUUUUGUAGCUAGCGAACCGACUGGUUUUGUAGCUAGCGAACCGACUGGUUUUGUAGCUAGCGAACCGACUGGUUUUGUAGCUAGCGAACCGACUGGUUUGUAGCUAGCGAACCGACUGGUUUGUAGCUAGCGAACCGACUGGUUUGUAGCUAGCGAACCGACUGGUUUUGUAGCUAGCGAACCGACUGGUUUUGUAGCUAGCGAACCGACUGGUUUUGUAGCUAGCGAACCGACUGGUUUUGUAGCUAGCUGAUUCACUAGUUUGUAGCUAGCGAACCGACUGGUUUGUAGCUAGCGAACCGACUGGUGUUUAGCUAGCUGAUUCACUGGUGUGUAGCAAACUAACCCACUGGUUUGUAGCUAGCAAACUCAUUAAUUCACUAGUUUGUAGCUAGCUGAUUCACUGGUGUGUAGCUAUAACCCACUGGCGUGUAGCUAGCUGAUUCACUGGUGUGUAGCUAACUAACCCACUGGCGUGUAGCUAGCUGAUUCACUGGUGUGUAGCUAUAACCCACUGGUGUGUAACUAGCUGAUUCACUGGUGUGUAGCUAUAACCCACUGGCGUGUAGCUAGCUGAUUCACUGGUGUGUAGCUAUAACCCACUGGCGUGUAACUAGCUGAUUCACUGGUGUGUAGCUAACUAACCCACUGGUGUGUAACUAGCUGAUUCACUGGUGUGUAGCUAACUAACCCACUGGCGUGUAACUAGCUGAUUCACUGGUGUGUAGCUAUAACCCACUGGUGUGUAACUAGCUGAUUCACUGGUGUGUAGCUAUAACCCACUGGCGUGUAGCUAGCUGAUUCACUGGUGUGUAGCUAUAACCCACUGGUGUUUAGCUAGCUGAUUCACUGGUGUGUAGCUAUAACCCACUGGCGUUUAGUUAGCUGAUUCACUGGUGUGUAGCUAACUAACCCACUGGCGUGUAGCUAGCUGAUUCACUGGUGUGUAGCUAUAACCCACUGGUGUCUAGAGACAGGAACACACCACACACGCGCAGGCUUCCAUCACCAGUACAGGAGACAAUGUCAGUCGAUCUUUGGCCUUUUUUAAUUUAAACAUUCAAUGUGUACGUAUGCCUUUUAAACAAUAUGACUUAGUCAUACUGUCAUUUUUGGCCUUUGCCCAGAUUUGUUGGUUCAUAUUAUGUGAGGUAGGCCAUUGAAUUCUUCAGCCCACUUCAGCUGUUGGCAAUCCUAGCCACACAUUGAGAUUACAUAAGGUCUGAAAAACAAAUUUGAGCUCUUGAAAUACAAGUUAAGCUUUAUCCAAUUACGACUUGGCCAAUUAGACGUGUUUACUGUACAUGCUAAUAAAAAGCAUCACUCAUUAUUACUAGAAGUGACAUUCAUUUAGAGGCAGUGGAAUCUAGAAGCGACAUUCAGUUAGAGGCAGUGGAAUCUAGAAGCGACAUUCAGUUAGAGACAGUGGAAUCUAGAAGUGACAUUCAGUUAAAGACAGUGGAAUCUAGAAGCGACAUUCAGUUAGAGACAGUGGAAUCUAGAAGUGACAUUCAGUUAGAGACAGUGGAAUCUAGAAGUGAUAUUCAGUUAGAGACAGUGGAAUCUGGAAGUGACAUUCAGUUAGAGGCAGUGGAAUCUAGAAGCGACAUUCAGUUAGAGGGAGUGGAAUCUAGAAGCGACAUUUAGAGUCAGUGGAAUCUAGAAGUGACAUUCAGUUAGAGUCAGUGGAAUCUAGAAGCGACAUUCAGUUAGAGGCAGCGGAAUCUAGAAGCGACAUUCAGUUAGAGGCAGUGGAAUCUAGAAGCGACAUUCAGUUAGAGACAGUGGAAUCUAGAAGCGACAUUCAGUUAGAGGCAGUGGAAUCUAGAAGUGACAUUCAGUUAGAGACAGUGGAAUCUGGAAGCGACAUUCAGUUAGAGACAGUGGAAUCUAGAAGUGACAUUCAGUUAGAGACAGUGGAAUCUAGAAGUGAUAUUCAGUUAGAGACAGUGGAAUCUGGAAGUGACAUUCAGUUAGAGGCAGUGGAAUCUAGAAGCGACAUUCAGUUAGAGGGAGUGGAAUCUAGAAGCGACAUUUAGAGUCAGUGGAAUCUAGAAGUGACAUUCAGUUAGAGUCAGCGGAAUCUAGAAGCGACAUUCAGUUAGAGACAGUGGAAUCUAGAAGCGACAUUCAGUUAGAGGCAGUGGAAUCUAGAAGUGACAUUCAGUUAGAGGCAGUGGAAUCUAGAAGCGACAUUCAGUUAGAGACAGUGGAAUCUAGAAGCGACAUUCAGUUAGAGGCAGCGGAAUCUAGAAGCGACAUUCAGUUAGAGGCAGCGGAAUCUAGAAGCGACAUUCAGUUAGAGGCAGCGGAAUCUAGAAGCGACAUUCAGUUAGAGACAGCGGAAUCUAGAAGCGACAUUCAGUUAGAGACAGUGGAAUCUAGAAGCGACAUUCAGUUAGAGGCAGCGGAAUCUGGAAGCGACAUUCAGUUAGAGACAGUGGAAUCUAGAAGCGACAUUCAGUUAGAGGCAGCGGAAUCUGGAAGCGACAUUCAGUUAGAGGCAGCGGAAUCUGGAAGCGACAUUCAGUUAGAGGCAGCGGAAUCUGGAAGCGACAUUCAGUUAGAGGCAGCGGAAUCUGGAAGCGACAUUCAGUUAGAGGCAGCGGAAUCUGGAAGCGACAUUCAGUUAGAGGCCGUGGAAUCUAGAAGUGACAUUCAGUUAGAGACAGUGGAAUCUAGAAGUGAUAUUCAGUUAGAGACAGUGGAAUCUGGAAGUGACAUUCAGUUAGAGACAGUGGAAUCUAGAAGUGAUAUUCAGUUAGAGACAGUGGAAUCUGGAAGUGACAUUCAGUUAGAGACAGUGGAAUCUGGAAGUGACAUUCAGUUAGAGACAGUGGAAUUUUGUCAGAAAUGUUGCCUUGUUUUCUAUUUCACUAUUCUGUCCUGGUUGCCUCUACAUACGACAUCACUAGUUGUCUUACUCAGUGAACGUGAAGCUGUGAGCAGAGCCAAGUAGACACACUAUGUCAGGGAAUAUUAACUGUGAAGACGCUGCUAUGGAUUAUUAGGGCAAAUCAAACUACUAGUCAACUGGGAGAUGCUGUUUAUCAACCAAUCAAAUCAAAUGAUCGAUUGCUGGAUUGAUUUGAUACGCUGUUUAGGCAAUAUCAGCUGGUCAAUGUGUUUUAGUUAGUGUACUGUACAUACUGCUACUGAAGGACCAUGUGCUCUACCUAACCUAACGUGUUUUAGUUAGUGUACUGUACAUACUGCUACUGAAGGACCAUGUGCUCUACCUAACGUGUUUUAGUUAGUGUACUGUACAUACUGCGACUGAAGGACCAUGUACUCUACCUAACCUAACGUGUUUUAGUUAGUGUACUGUACAUACUGCUACUGAAGGACCAUGUGCUCUACCUAACCUAACGUGUUUUAGUUAGUGUACUGUACAUACUGCUACUGAAGGACCAUGUGCUCUACCUAACCUAACGUGUUUUAGUUAGUGUACUGUACAUACUGCUACUGAAGGACCAUGUACUCUACCUAACCUAACGUGUUUUAGUUAGUGUACUGUACAUACUGCUACUGAAGGACCAUGUGCUCUAGCUAACCGUGACAUGUGUAGAGUACAACACCACACAGUCUAUUCUAGAGCAGCAAAUUCAACCAUGUAUCACAUCAUGUAAUUUAAUAGAUUUAUUGUUCCUAUCUUUAAUAUAAAUGUGUUUUUUUUUUUUUUCUUCUUCUGAAUGGCAAAGUGCUUGUCUGUGUUUUAGUGUUCUUGGAGACUUUUUUAAAUUUAUUAUUUAUUACAUGUUGUAUAUAUUAUAUGCUGUGUGAUUUUUGUACAUUUGUGAUUUUUUUUUGGGGGGGGGUUCCCAAGUAAAUACCAUGAUGAGCAGAUAUUUCUCUGUCCAAACAGCUUGCACGUUCUUUUAAAGGAUCAUGACUUAUUUCAACUCAUAGAUACAAAUAAACAGAAUGCCUGGACAUACA